CAGACCAGUGCACAGACAGGCUGCAGCUGCGGGCGUGGAGGAGGAGCUGGUUACCUGGUCGCAGGGGUGUCCCAAAAACCAGUUUUAAGGAGGACGAGGCACCCCUUAAAACUCCUCCACGUCCUGCUGGCCAUGCUGACCUCAGCAUCCACUCUCCUCGCUCCCAGGAUGCUCUGGGUCCUCUUGUUGUUGGCCACCUUCAGCAGUGCUCAGAGUGGAAUCUGGGAUCACCCCAACUGCACCAAGGGCGUGGUUGCUGUGUUGAAGGGCAAGCCAGCCACGAUGACCUGCAGCAUCUCCAAUGUCUUUUUCCACAUCAACAUCUCCCUGCAAACGAACCCCACGGCUCCCUGGAAGCUCAUCUUCAGCGUAGAGGCCCCUGGAAAGUUCAGCCAGGAUGGAUGGCAGCUCUGGAUUCACAAGGGUGAGGCGCAUCUGGUGAUUGAAGAAGCCCAGGACACCCAUGCAGGGCAGUACAAGUGGGAUCUGAAGGGGCGCCAGAGAAAUGUCGAAAUCACCACCCUGAUUGUCUUAGGUCCGCAGAUGAGCAUAUUCCCUUUGGAUGUUAAUCCUGAACACAAGAGCCAGACCCAGGAUGCACUUGUGGGCAAAGAUGUCUGCGCGUGGCUCUCAUCAAUCCCAUCCUCCCUUCGUCAGGCCUGUGCUCCUCCCUAGGGCAGGAGUGCCACGCUGCAGUCACGUGGGAGAGGCCCCAGUCUGGGGUCCUCAGCUGAUCAUGGACACGCUCUUGUCUUUGGAACAUGAAUAAGAACCAGUUCAAGGGACCUUCCAGGAAGCACUUAUGGAACCAAAAUGAGGCUAUCAGUGGCCUGAGAUGAUGGAUGGGGCCUCCUCCACCACCCCAAAGGGUACAGUAGCCCCGGAUGGCAAGCUGGACAGGUGGCUGCUGGUGGAAUCUGUGUCCAACCUCCCUGGUCUUCCCCAGCCCUGGGGCUCCCCUCUCUACCACCUGUCCCAAGUGCUGCCCCUUCCUGUUCCCAAACCGCAUCCCAAAUCAUAUAUGCCAGAUGUCUUUAUAAG